AGCAAUUAAUGUAACCAUCUUUAUUGAAUUACUGUCAAACUUAUCUGGAGUAAGCAAGGUAAGGGAAGAAAAGUCUUAGCAGACAAUAAAAGUUUGUUCAACACACGCUUAUAUAUCACACUACCAUAAAUUGAAGCCUUAUUCGUGGUGUUUGUUCAUCACCAAAUCUUGUUCUUUUGAAAAUGUGUGGUUUGAAGAUAGUAAUGGCUACUGCUUUACUGUACGUGGUUUUGAUUCUUGGAGGGAUAUCUGGUUCAUAUGGUCAGCUAAGCCCAACAUUUUACGAUGAAACAUGUCCCAAUGUGACCAAUAUUAUCCAAGAUAUCGUUGCUGAUGUUCUCACCAAUUCCGACCCUCGAAUCGGAGCUAGCCUCAUCAGGCUUCAUUUCCACGAUUGUUUCGUUAAUGGUUGUGAUGGAUCGUUGUUGUUGGACAAUGACCCAGCAAAUGGAAUUGUGACUGAGAAGGAUGCUGCGCCAAACAACAACUCAGCCAGGGGAUUUGAGGUUGUGGAUAGAAUCAAGGCUGCCUUAGAGCAAGCUUGUCCUGCUACUGUUUCAUGCUCUGAUCUUCUUACAAUCGCUUCAGAGCGAUCUGUUUUUCUGUCAGGAGGUCCCGGGUGGACAAACCUGCUAGGAAGGAGAGAUGGGAGAAUAGCCAAUAAUUCAGGUGCCCAAAGACUUCCAGCUCCCUUUGAAACCCUAGACAUUCUGAAGGACAAAUUCUUGGAAUUAAAGCUCGACACCAUCGACUUAGUUGCCUUGUCAGGUGCGCACACAUUUGGAAGGGGUCGAUGUAUAACCUUUAGUGAUCGAUUAUUCGAUUUCAAUAGCACAGGGCUUCCUGACCCGACCAUAGACGCAAACUACUUACAAUUUCUACAAGAUCUAUGCCCUCAGGGAGGAAACGCGUCUGUGAUAACAAAUAUAGACCUCACCACACCAGAUCAGUUUGACAAUAAAUACUAUUCAAAUCUGCAAGCUAAUAAGGGGCUGUUCCAGAGUGACCAAGAGCUGUUUUCAACCCCAGGAGCUGAUGAUGUCAUUGAGUUUGUCAACAAAUUCAGUGCAAACCAAACAGCUUUCUUUGAGAGCUUUGUGAGUUCUAUGAUCAAAAUGGGGAACCUAAGUCUAAUCACUGGUUCUGAUGGAGAAAUUAGAUUGGACUGCAAAAGGGUUAAUGAUGUUUUGGUUGGAUCAGGUGAUUCUGGUGUUUAUGUUUCGUCCAUCUAGUUAUUAAGAUCAUCCAAUGAAUAAUGUUUGGCCUUGGAUAUAUAUUUCAUAUUUAUGUAUGAGUGGUGUUCACAUAACUUAUGUUAUCAAUGUAUUUAAACUUAUGUGUUAAUAAAUUAAUGAUAUUAAUUAAGAGUAUCCACGUGGAAAUAA